AUGCGCAAGAUUGACCGACUUGAUAUCAAUCUCGCAAGCCUGACUGAGCAUCAAACACAGUACAAUUUUGACUCUUCCGAGAACCCCGUAACCAAAGAAGAUGAUACGAUACGCGCGGGCCGUCGUCCAGCCGUCUCUCGAUUCGAGGGCCUCGAUCACCGAGCCAGACACAAUGGUACCAAGGGCCUGUCCAAUCAUGCCAAUAAGACUAUACCGGGAAAAAGCCUCGCUACGCGCCGACACUGGGAUGAACCAUUGAUAGCUGUCCCAGACCUGAUCAUCUCCGAUGUACGUUUGGUGAAACCAUACCUGGGACUUAUGACCCCAACAGUCGCCGCGGCGAGCAGCACCCAGAAGUUAUUGCUCAGUCCAAAAACAACGCCACUCAUCGUAAUUGCGAGAGCACCUAGACAUAGCACAUUGCGCCUUCCCAAUCGAUUGGCCGUGAAGGUAAGAAGGACACUGAAAAGGAUAUCACCGAGCAGCGUCAGGGUCAUGAACAGCCCGAUCUUUGUGUCUGAAAGCCCAAGAUCUGCUAGAAACAGCGUCAGGAUCAGGGUUGUGCCACUGUAG